AUGGCGACGGAGGAAGCGCAGGUCAUCGAAGUUGACAAAGUUCGUAUUGUUUCAAACUUCUUAAAGCAUGCUCCUCCAGGGGAAUUUAAUGAGGUGUUUAAUGACGUGCGCAUGCUUCUUAAUAAUGAUUCUUUAUUGAAAGAAGGAUGUGCAACAGCUUUUGCUGAGUACAAUAAGGAACAGUUUGUUCCGGUAAAAUUGGAAGGUGUCGAGAAGCAGUCGCUGAUUACCAAUUUUAAUGAAUUGGCGGAAGGAAGAUUUUUUGACCCAAGGUCUAAAAAUUCUUUCAAAUAUGACCAUCUUCGCAAAGAAGCCACCGAUAUGCGUUUGGAGGAAGCAUUAGAGGAUGAUAAUGAUUCAUGGCGUAAGGCUAUGCAGGAGGAAGCCGACAAAUAUAUUAACAGUCAUUAUUUGGAUACUGGCAUAGCUGCUGUUUUUGUGAAUAACGGUAUCAUAACUUUAUGUAUAGAAAGUCACCGCUUUCAGCCGAAGAAUUUUUGGAAUGGACGGUGGCGUUCGCAGUAUGUUUUGCCUGUUGGAGAAGGUAAGUCUGGUAGUCAAGACUUGAAAGGUACCAUAAAGGCUCAGGUUCAUUAUUAUGAAGAUGGGAAUGUACAAUUAGUUUCAACUAAGGAAGUUAACGUCAAAGUUCAAGUUUCGGCAGAUCCGGCCCAAACAGCGAAGGAAAUUUUCAAAGUCAUCUUGGAAGAAGAAUCUGCCUACCAGAAUGCAGUUCAAGAAAAUUAUCAGCAGAUGUCCGCGACUACGUUUAAAGCUCUUCGGCGUCAGUUGCCGGUUACAGGUGCUAAAUUUGAUUGGAACAACACGCAUGCGUACAGGAUCGUUAUGGACUUGAAAUGA